AAAAUACAAAUUGAAAGAAAAGCUAACCUAUAAAAAAAAAACUGUUAACAUACAAUUUUUAUAAAAAAUAGUGACCUUUUUAAAUACACCAUAAUUAAAAAAUAGACCAUAUACAAUGAGCGUCUGUAACGUUGAAGUAAUCAAGCAAAUUGGGAAAUAUUAUAAUGUGCCGGUUGGAACCGUAUGUUACAAUACUGAUAAGGUACUCACCACAGUAUUAAACAAACAGAGCAUAGAAGGUUUUGCUACAAUAGUAUUGAAGUUAGCUUCGAGCAGUGGAAUCAAACUGAGUCAAGAACAGAUGUUGCUUAGCUACCAGUGGCUGGAGCACAUAGCUAUGUAUGCCAACCAGGCUGCGGCUAACCCUGCCUUUGCUCAGGGGUUUUUAAAGGAUAUAAAUAGAGCCUUGGAGAAGAACACAUAUUUAACUGGACAGAGCCUAAAUGUGACUGAUGUUGCUGCUUAUUAUGUAUUAUAUCCUCUUAUUGAGCGGCUCUCAAUCACAGAACGUGAAGGACUUAUGCAUCUGUGCCGAUGGACGAGGCACAUACAAGCACAGCCAAGAGUGUGCACGAGCCAGCCUCCCCUCACUCUGAACACCCUGAAUCUCUCAAUAUUAGCACCAGCUGUACAUUAAAACCUCAUUAGCAUUACAAGCAAAAAGUACCAAAACAAUAAAACCUUUAUUGACAAUCAAUUGCCAACAGUAAAAUUAAGACUGUGAAAGUAUUAGUGUUUUGAAAGCCUUCAUAAUGAUUGUUUUGAACAAGUUAAUUAUGUUAAUUAUUUGUAUUGCUAAUUAUUUGUUCUUGAUUAGUGUAAGUACAGUCAUUUGUGGUGUAUUCUGCGAUGGUAAUAUAAUUUUAUAUUGAUAA